AUGCGAAGAUUCUACAACGCUGGGAUCAGCUUGUGCAAAAAGAGGAAGCAGCGGCGGCGAGCCUUGUCGCUGUCCAGCGAGACGUGGGAUGAGAAGUUGGAGCUCGACAUUAUCAGCUACAGCGACGGGGUCAGCGCGUGCAAGAAGGGGGGGGGGCAGUGGCAGUCGGUUGUGGCGCUGCUCAGCGAGAUGCACGAGGCAAAGAUGGAACCCAACUGGCGUUUAUCGCACGCGCCAGCCGCUGGCGCGUGCGAUAAAAGCGAGCGCGGCAGACACAGAUCGUUCUUGUUCAGCGACUCGGUAGCUCAGCGGCAUCUUGGCGGCCGAAUGGCACGCUCCACUGAGUUUGCCUGGGAAGGUUGUGCGCGAAGUGCUUCAUUCAAGAAUCUGGCCGGUCUCGUCAUGGUUGCCCCUGCUUGGGUCCGUUCCGGCCCCGGUGCUGGUCGGCACGGCUUGUGGAGGGUUGUCGAUGCUCGGCGAAGUAUGGGGAGGGAGCGCAGCUCGAGACGGACGACAUCAGCCACAGUGGCGGCGCCAGUGGUCGGCGAACGGACCGUGUCCGCGCCCUCGCGGGCCUGGCCCGUGGGCCGCGGCCCUGCGGACAGGGGCGGUUCUGCUCGGCUCCCCUGCGCGGAGCGUGGGGGCGAGGAGGCGGACACGCUCGCCCCUCUCGAGCCAGAGCGUGCGAGAAGGGUGGCCAGCGGACGGAGGCGCUCGCUGGAGUAG